UUGAGGAGGGCACUUGUUGGGAUGAGCACUGGGUGUUGUAUGGAAGCCAAUUUGACAAUAAAUCAUAUUUUUAAAAAAAAGAAACUGCACAAAAGCAAAUCUUGUCAACCAGAUACCAGCUCGUCCAGUUAAUCCUUGGAUCACCCAUCACAGCUGACCCAACAACCAUGGCCACUGGUCCAUUUCUUGCUGCCAGUGUGGCUCCUAUCAAGGCAGCACAUGUGAUGGAGUUUCAGAGGCCUUUGUUCCCUUUAUCUUGAACCAUACAACAAUCGAUCGUGGAAAACAGACCUCUCCAGACUACAAAGCUACCUCCCAACUGCGGAGGCCUGAUUUUAAUAGCUGUCAAAGUCUCCUGUAGUCGCUGGUUUAUUCCAGCUGGAGAAUGGCAAGAACCUUUAAUUGCUCGAAAGACUCCACUACCUGCGGUACUCAUUGUAAAGGCCCCACCACAGUCUCCCACAGUUCGCCAGGGCACGGCCCUGUCUAUACUCCUCCUUCUUGACUCCAGUGGGGUGAGUGAGGCUGGGCAAGCUGGGUGGAGCCCGACCCCAGUGGCCCACAAUCAGUUUUUAAUUAUAGACUAGAGGGUUUCUCAAAUCGCUCCUUUUAAUGGGAAAAACAAAACAAAAGCAAAUCUAAAACGAAAGCAUUAUGAUCCUCCGUUAUUGGGUUAAAAUAUUCUUAUUAAAAAUGUCCAAAGACCUAACUAGGAAGACUUUCCUUAUGCUCAUAGUUGUUACGUAAUCGUAAGCAAAAAUCGAUACGCCAGUUUUGAAAAGCCAUAUUCAAAAAACAUUGAAUUUAAUGUUACAGGUAAUACUGCUUUUGAUGAAGCUACUUAGCCGCUCGCAGUGUAAACGUGCUAUCGGCUGCUGCGACGCAUGCACUUAAUUUGGCGUGCCUUUGCUGUCUGUUGUGGGAAGGUUCAGUUCUCCCACCAUUUUUUCCCCCUCAGAAGCACAGGGCCAUGUUUGUUGGGCAAAUAUCGGACAUGACUGACAUUACUGAUAUUGAUAACUCUCUUUUGGCUUGAAAGCAUAAUUUCCUUCUUCACUUAUCUCUGGUCUUCUCUCAUCAUCUUGAGUCAUCUCAGAUGUGGAAUUCCUGCUUGUGCCCACGCUCCAAAAGACACCUCGAACAACCGCACACGUGCUCCCUGAAACUGUUCUCGGUCACGAGGUGAUGCAGAAUCUCUUUAUUGUUUCAGAUUAUCCUCAAAACUGAAAGCGUAACAUAAGGACUUUGUAAAGGAGGCUUGAGAAGCCCUGAACAAAGGAAAAAAGAAGAAAAAUUAGACUGGAUGUAUCAGGGUCCUGGUGGGAUGGUGAACCGUGAUGAGUACUUGCUGGGGCGCCCCAUUGACAAGUACGUCUUUGAGAAGAUGGAGGAGAAGGAGGCAGGCUGUUCUUCGGAGACAGGACUGCUCCCAGGUUCCAUUUUUGCCCCAUCCGGUGCCAAUUCCCUCCUCGACAUGGCCAGCAAAAUCCGGGAGGACCCGCUCUUCAUCAUCAGGAAGAAGGAGGAAGAGAAAAAAAGAGAGGUGUUGAAUAAUCCCGUGAAAAUGAAGAAAAUCAAAGAAUUGUUGCAGAUGAGUCUGGAAAAAAAGGAGAAGAAGAAAAAGAAGGAGAAGAAAAAGAAGCACAAGAAACAUAAGCACAGAAGCUCAAGUAGCGAUGGCGGCAGCAGCCAGGAUGAGCGCAGCCGGGGGAGAGCUCAAAAGAAGACGGCAGAUUCUUCCCCUGUUUUGUCCAAAGCCCCUGGAUACGGCUUACAGAUCAGGGACUCCUACCACAGCCAGGGACUGCAGAGUCCUCUGACGGCCAAGCAAAAGGGAAUGCACGGGUUGAAGAAUUAUUCCAGGUCCAGAAGCUCCUCCCACUCACCUCCCAGACAUGCCAGCAAGAAGAGCACCAGAGAAGCAGGGUCCCGGGACAGGAGUUCUCGAUCCCCAGGCAGAAGGUCACGGUCCCCAAGGCCAAGCAAACCGCACAACUCUAAGGUCAACAGGAGAGAGAGAGGCCGUACUAAGAGCCCAUCGCCUAAAAAAGAGGUCUAUCAAAGGCGCCACGCUCCUGGAUACACCAGAAAGCUCUCAUCAGAGGAACUAGAGCGAAAACGGCAAGAGAUGAUGGAAAAUGCCAAGUGGCGGGAGGAAGAGAGGCUAAACAUCCUCAAGAGGCACGCUAAGGAUGACGAACGGGAGCAGAAGCUGGAGAAGCUGGGCUCCCGAGAUGGAAGGUUUAUCCAUCGCAUGAAGCUGGAGAGUGCAUCUACCUCCUCCCUGGAGGACCGGGUAAAACGGAAUAUCUACUCUCUGCAGAGAACCUCAAUAGCUCUGGAGAAGAACUUUAUGAAAAGAUGAAAACCAUCCCCUCUUUUGUUGGUUUUCCUGAAUUUUCCAGGGAGGCUGCUGAUCCCUUAAAAAUUCUCUUUAUAAGAGUUCAAGUGACUUCUUCCACAGUUGUCAAACCACCACUGUUCAAAGUGACUCUCCUCCAGCGAUUCCCGAAACAGCUCACUUCCUUUAAGAACCAGUGUGACUCGCUUUAUGGGACCCUCAGUAACUUUUGCUGGGUGCUGAGUGGGUUUUGACUGUGUUUUUAAUGAGUGGGCACUGGACCAUGUAGGUGUGAGCACUUGCCCUGCCGUGGAAGGGCUGCUCCCUGUGGUCGUGAUACUGAUUAUGCCACUUCUUUCCCACCCGUGUAAACUGUGUGCCUCGGUAUAGACCGGACCUUUCAGAAACCUCCCUCCAGAGUCACCCAGGUAGAUGGCGCCUAGUGGGGUAAAUGAACAUUUACUGGGUUUAGUAGAUAAUGGGACAGAAUGAUGUCUGCUUAGGGCAGAGCGAAGGGGGUGACAAAGAAUCUGGAAGGGAAAACAAUACAAAAAAGCACUAAAUGAGCUGUUGAACUAUUUGGACUAUCUUUUCAACUGUAAAAGUGUAGUGUGUAUGUGUAUAAAUGUAUAAUUUUUACAAGCUUUUUAAAAAGUUAGCUUUGUGAGAAUAUCUUGUUCGGUAAGUGACUUUACUAUGUCAUGGAAAUGUAUCUUGUUAUCGAGUAAUACGGUAAGGCAGGUCAGCUUUUUGUCCCCUCUGAAUCCAGCUAGUUUAGGAGAAGCCUGGGUUUGUAGAUCGGAUCUAGUGUAUCUAUCCUUUUACACUGCUUCUAGUCUCCCAUGUGGGCAGUGCAGUGGUGAAGUCAAAUGAUUUUAGGAGUCAGGACCAAAUUACCAGUGUGCUCCCACCCUGGCUCUUAAAAGAAAAUAAAAUGGAAGCUGUUCCUUUCAUGGCUUCCUUUUUAUCAUGUAGUAAUCUUAUUACAAUGCUAAAAUUUCAGUAGGUGUUUGCUACUAAUUUUUAGUCAGGUAUUAAAAAAAAACCCAAAACUCAUGGGACCGGUCUCCUGUCUUUACUCCUUCCCCUUUUCUAUUCUUUUACCAGAAGCCUUUCAUUUGACCCAUGCAGUCCUAGGCCCUGUUGACCCACACAUUAGCUGGGCCAGUUCCUUGUUCUGCCAAUCCCUAAUUCUGCUUAAAACGACGUUGGAUCUACAUUUUUGAGCACUUACGAUGCCAGGCACUGCAAUACUUAAAACCCAGUCUUUCCCCAGAAAGAAAGUAACGUACACUUGUUAAUUCAUUUAAUCACCUCAUCGUGCUUCUCUAUGCUAGAGUUAAUUAUGUCUUUUAUUUUAUUACUUGGUAAUAAAGGCUACAUUUAUUUUU